AUGUCGAUGAACGUUUUGCCAGCACAGCCGACUGGUAUACAAAGUACUGCUGGAGCCGUCCCAAUCCGAAAUGAAAAAGGGGAAAUAUCUAUGCAAAAGGUGAAAGUCCAAAGGUAUAUAUCGGGAAAAAAACCAGAAUAUGCACAAGGUGUGUCAUCAUCUGAAGAUUCAGACGCAGAAGACUUCAUUGAACAACAGAGACCAGAAAGGCGACAUCAGAUUGCUGUAACCAGUAAAGAGGAACAUAGUGAUUCUGAAAAAGAAGUAGAUGAUCCUAGAUUACGUAGGCUACGAAUUGCUGGACGGUCACCACCUCGUAGGUCUGAACAUAAGCCUGAAAUAAUUGAUGCCGAACCAGAAGAACCAGAGCCAGAAUCAAGUGAAGAUGAGGCUCGCCACAGUUCUGAGAGUGAGGAUGAUCUUGAUGAGGAAGAAAUUGAGAGACGUAGACAGGCUGUUAAAGCAAAACUCGCUGCAAGAGAAGCUGAAAAAGAAGCAUUGGGUAGAGAUGAAGAAGAGGAAAUGUUGGAAGGUGAUAAAGAGGAGAGUGGUUCCUCCGAUACAGAGUACACUGAUAGUGAGGAGGAAGCAGGUCCUAGAGUCAAGCCAGUGUUCGUGCGAGCUUCCGACCGGAUGACAGUAGCUGAACGUGAGAGAAAAGUAAAGCAGCAAAAGAAAGAAGAAGUAGAAGCUCGAAGGGAGAAAGAGGAGAGGAGACGGGAAGCACUUAAGCUAGUAGAGGAAACAAUCCGGGCAGAGCAGAGGAACACACAGGCUGAAGCUAAAGAAGCAAAUAUCGAAGACGUUUGCACGGAUGACGAAAACGACGAGUUGGAAUACGAGGCGUGGAAACUAAGAGAGAUGAAGCGUAUCAAACGUGACAAGGAGGAGCGUGAAGCUGUAGAAAAGGAGUUGCUUCAAAUAGAAAGACUUCGCAAUAUGACGGAAGAAGAGCGAAGAGCAGAACAGAGAGUGAACCCAAAGGUAGUCACCAACAAAGCGGUCAAGGGGAAGUACAAGUUCUUGCAGAAAUACUACCACAGAGGGGCUUUCUAUUUAGACAAAGAGGAAGAAGUGUUCAAGCAAGAUUUCUCGGGUGCCACGCUCGAUGACCACUUUGAUAAGACUGUUCUGCCAAAGGUUAUGCAAGUGAAAAAGUUUGGCCGCUCCGGUCGCACAAAGUACACACAUCUCGUAGAUCAAGACACAACCGAGUUCGACUCGGCUUGGAGCAACGAAGGUGCGGCGGUUAGGCUGACUAACUUCAGAGGGGGCAUGAAACAAGUGUUCGAUAAACCUUCCGCUAAGAGGAAACAUACCGCUUAG